AUGGCCGCGGUGCUGCGGAGUGGGCGCUGCUUCUUCCUGCCCACUCCGGUCCCGCGCGGCCUGCGCCCUCCCGGCUGCUGCAGCGGCGCCAUGCAGGAGCCCCCGCCAUCCCCGCCCCUCGCUGCCCGGCCGGAGAGCCCGGGCCCCAGCGCAGCCCCGGGGGCGGCUGCGGGCUGGCUCGGAGCGCUGCGCUUCGAUAACUGGGCGCUGCGCUCGUUGCCGCUGGACCCGUCCGAGGAGAACGUGCCGCGGCAGGUGCCCGGCGCCUGUUUCUCGCGGGUGCGGCCCAGCCCGGUGCAGAGCCCGCGGCUGGUGGCCAUGUCGCUGCCCGCCCUGGCGCUGCUGGGCCUGGAGUCCCCCGCGGCUGGGGCGCUGGAGGAGCUGGAGGCUGAGGCCGCGCUGUACUUCAGCGGGAACCGGCUGCUACCCGGCGCGGAGCCCGCCGCGCACUGCUACUGUGGGCACCAGUUCGGCAGCUUCGCCGGGCAGCUGGGCGAUGGCGCGGCCAUGUACCUGGGCGAGGUGCUGAGCCCGCGGGGCGAGCGCUGGGAGAUCCAGCUCAAGGGGGCCGGGCUCACCCCCUUCUCCCGACAAGCUGAUGGUCGAAAGGUUCUGCGGUCAAGUAUAAGAGAAUUCCUGUGUAGUGAGGCCAUGUUUCAUCUAGGCAUACCUACAACAAGGGCUGGAACGUGUGUAACAUCUGAUUCAAAAGUUGUUCGGGACAUAUUCUAUGAUGGAAAUCCAAAAAAUGAAAGAUGCACAAUUGUCCUGAGAAUAGCUUCCACGUUUAUAAGGUUUGGAUCUUUUGAGAUUUUUAAACCUACAGAUGAACACACAGGACGCAAAGGUCCCAGUGUUAACAGAAAUGAUAUUCGAAUACAGAUGCUUAAUUAUGUGAUCAGCACUUUCUAUCCAGAAAUCCAGCAGGCUUACUCUGACAACAGUGUUCAGAGGAAUGCUGCUUUCUUCAGAGAGGUAACAAAGCGGACAGCAAGGAUGGUUGCUGAAUGGCAAUGUGUUGGAUUUUGCCAUGGUGUGCUGAAUACAGAUAAUAUGAGCAUAGUAGGACUUACUAUUGACUAUGGCCCUUUUGGGUUUAUGGACAGAUAUGACCCAGAACACAUUUGCAAUGGUUCAGAUAAUGCAGGGCGCUAUGCUUAUAACAAACAGCCAGAGAUCUGCAAGUGGAAUCUAGGGAAGCUUGCUGAAGCUUUAGUCCCAGAACUGCCCUUGGAGAUCAGUGAACUCAUUCUCAAAGAGGAGUAUGAUGCAGAAUUUGAGGGGCAUUAUUUGCAGAAGAUGAGGAAGAAGCUAGGUCUCAUUCAUUUGGAAUUAGAAGAUGAUGAUAAAUUGGUGUCUGAACUUCUAGAAACUAUGCAUCUCACAGGUGGAGACUUUACAAAUACUUUCCGUUUGCUGAGCUCUUUCUUGGGCGAUUUGGAUCCUCUAAAAUUGGAAGAUUUCCUGGAAAAGAUUGCCACACAGUGUGCUUCCAUGGAAGAACUAAAAGUUGCUUUCAGGCCUCAGAUGGAUCCAAGACAAUUGUCCAUGAUGCUAAUGUUGGCUCAGUCUAAUCCUCAACUGUUUGCAUUAAUUGGAACAAAAGCUAAUAUAAAUAAAGAAUUAGAACGCAUAGAACAGUUUUCUAAACUGCAGCAAUUAACAGCAGCUGACUUACUGAGUAGAAAUAAAAGACACUGGAAAGAAUGGCUGCAGAAGUACAGAGUCCGAUUAGAAAAAGAGAUAGAAAGUGUUAGUAAUGCUGAUGUCUGGAAUGCUGAACGUGUGAAGAUUAUGAAUUCAAACAAUCCAAAAUAUAUCUUGAGAAAUUACAUUGCUCAGAAUGCCAUUGAAGCAGCUGAAAAUGGAGACUUCACAGAGGUAAGAGAGGUUUUGAAACGCUUGGAAAAUCCAUUUGAAGAGACAGAAGAUCUCACUGAGGUACAAGAAGAUCAAGAAGAGGAGGAAACAGUUGCAGCAGCUGCCACUUGUGCUCCAGUGACCAGCAGCAGACUUCCAUAUAGCAGUAAACCGCCACUCUGGGCUUCAGAACUCUGUGUUACGUGAUCUUCAUAAUGGCCUUGUUUUAUUUUUCACUGUAAACUGGAGAUGCUGAUCCUUCUUCAGUAGUGGAGAAUCAAACAAGGCAAAAUCAAAGUGCUGUUAAGUCAUUGAAACAGUUCAUUUGGAUGUAUCUACAACCACACUUCAGCAGCAAUGCUUAUUUUGACACAAUCAGGGAUCAUAGGUUUAAUGGACCAAUGACAAUCAACAGUCCAUGUACGUUGUUAGAUUAAUGUUUGGGGAGCUGAACAACUUUCUUUUCUCCUCACCACAUUGUAAUUAGUGAUGUCUUAGGUGUAGGCACACAGUGAUCUUUGAACAUCCAAAUGUAACUGUUUUUAUGUGACGACAAAAAUAACAAAUCAGAAAUCUGAUAUAUUUUUGACUGAUGAUGAAUUAACAGUACUUAUUCCCAAAAUGUGGUUAAUGCUUUUACUCUGCAGGGAUGUUUGAUCCUCUUUAAUGGAGGAGUAAGCUUAUCAUUGCUUAUCUGAAGCUAUGAUUCCUUUAACUGAGUAGUUCCUUUCUUGUGAACCUUCAUAUUAACAUCAGUCAUUUUUUUUAAGAGAAUUUUUUUGCAAACUGGGGUGGGGGGGAAAAGCAACUGAGUAUAAUUUUUUUAUAAUAUACAGUAUAGAAAUCAGAAUUGAGGGGGACUAUACUUAUUUGCACUCGGAAGUCCUAGCAGAAAAAUAUAUUUAGCUUUAACAUGUUUGUGUGUGAUACACACGUACAAAUAUUUAUUAAAAUCUUGGACUGCAGCUUGUAAGUCAGUUGACCUAAACAAGAUCACUUUGCCAACUUAGCUUGUUCCCUAUAAACUAACCAGUACUUAAUAUAAGCAUUCAUUAUCUAUGAUUAUUUAUGCUGUUGACACAGUCCCUUCUACAUUAAACUGCAGAUGUG